AUGCCCUCUACCUCUACUCUCUUGCACUGGGAGGCCCGCCUCGCGGCUGCCCAGCCCACCGACAAGUCCAAGCCGAGCAUGCCGAGCUCGAUCUCGCGCCAGAACCGCACACCCAAGUCCGAGCCCAAGCCCAAGUCCGAACCCAAGCCCAAGCCCAAGCCCCAGCCCACCGGCACUGCGACCUCGCGCCUGUCGCCGUCGCCGCUCAACUGGCCCUCGCCCUCGCCAUCCUUACCCUCCCCCAGUCUCGUACCUCGCUCCCUGUCCUUGACGCGUCGCGCAAUUCCUUCUCCCCACGCAACGCUCCCCACCACAAAGAGGGCCGCAACGCUUCCCACAAAGACAAACAACGCCACAACGCUCCCCACAGAGACAAAGAACGCCACAACGCUCCCGAUACAGUCCGCAUGCACCCCUCCAACCACUCGCACACGCACCACACUGCACUCACCCAAGUCCCGCGCCUCGACACUACAUCUCCCGACCAAGUCAUCAUCGCUUCGCGCCACACUCACCAGCCCCUCUCCCACCUUUCGCAAAACAGCCAAUUUGGGCGAGCGCGAUAACACCAUGUUUCCCAGUAAAGUUCACUGGAAGUGCGUCUCGCUGUCAACGCAAACAUUCACGCCUCCCACCACACCAGUUCUGUCCAAGCGGAUGCCCUCAGCCUCCAAGCCGAUGCCCUCAGCCUCCAAGCCCUCUAGUCCCCCAUCUCAGGGUAAGCCAUCUCCACCCACCCACUCUGGCCAGACCUAUGAGCUGGACGCGCAGGCGCGUAUCGCCGCUCUCGAGGCGGAAGUCGCGCGUCUGCGUGAGCAUUCUGCCCAUCUGGUCGACUGUAAGCAAGUCGAGGGCAAAGUGAACGAGGAUGAGGACGGCCAGAGACCUGGCGCUCGCGUGUUCGCUGCAAAGGCCGCGGGGUUACAGGCCGACAUUGAUGGGUGUUGGGACGUUCUUGCGACGCCGUCGUCUCAGCUUUCAGGUAUCACGGCCUCGUCGUCGUCGUCCAGCCUCUUGCCGUCUGCUUCUUCCUCGCGCUCCUCCUACCCCUUCUGUGCUUCUGCUUCGCCUUCGCCUUCCCCUUCGCUUUCGCCCCCGCCCUCUCCCAACCCCUCCCCUAUCAGCAACCCCGACCAGCUGCGCAUACGCACCCUCAACUCAGCCCUAGCCGACAGCCACUUCAAGAAUCGCGCCCUCGCCAUAUGUCUCGAGGACGCGGUGGAGCGUGCCGAGCGCGCUGAGCGCGCCGAGGCAAACGCGAAUAAACGGGUACACCAAGCCGACCGCCGCGUGCAAGACGCCAAGGCGCAGGCCGACCGCCGUGUGCGGGAGGUGGAAGAGCGCAUGCGCGGCGAACAUGAGGUGUUAGUCCGGAAUUGGGCUAGGAGUCUGCAGGUUGAGUAG